AGAGUAAAAGAUAAAAUAUUAAAGGAGGAUCAAAAAGUCAAAAUCGCAGACCCUCUCCUCUCCUCUUCGCAGUAGCUGCUACCACCAAAACACACUCUUUUUUUCACGCUUUCGCCAUCUCUCUCUCUCUCUCUCGUAAGCUGUACGACCGCCUAAAUAAGCAGCGUCUAUCUUGUUCACUCAAUCAAUUCAUUCGGCCAGGCCAGGGCAGGGCAGGGAUUUCAUUAAUGCCAAUUAUCUGUUCCAAAUUAACUUGACUGGCAUGCUCGUCCAAUGAAUACUACUUCAAUUGAUAUGGGCAUCAACGUCUGUGGUUUAGCUUCUUUUGGGCAUAUCGAGAUUUAGCCUAAUUCAAAUAUCUUAUUUUUGAUCCUGGAGUAGUUAUUUUGGGACAGAAUCAUAGGGCGUAACUGUGCAAUUUUGGAAAGAUGCAUGUGUAGCAGCAGCCAAUUGAGCAUAUACAAUUCACAAUCUAGUACAUUUCAAAAUGAUCAUAAAAGAGAUGGUUCCCUUGAAUUAUGCAUACCUGUCAGCAUGGUUUCGUUAUACAUGAUUACUCCCAAUUUAUAGUUAUUUUUUUGUGCUUGAAACUUUAAUUAUGAAUAAAAAUAGGCCGCUUUUGAACAUUGUAUUGUGGGUGUAUACAUCCUAGAUUAUGACAUGCAGUGUUUUUCUUUUGCUGUCAUUCCGUUGAUGAUGUUCAGGUCUGUCACGAAGAUCAAGUGCAUGGCUGUAUCUCGGAUGUGUGCCGUUGCAAGGUUUUAAUGAGAGUCAGCUUUGUACACAAAAGAAGAUCAGUAGAGUUUGUGUUAACUGAGAGUCGGUCAUGGCAGAACUCAGUCCAAGGACUGAUACUUCAACGGAUGGCGACACUGAAGACAAGGCUAUGGGGUUUCAUAGCAGUCAUUCACAUGGGCCUGUGGUUUCUGAUGCCAGCGAUAAGUCAAGGGAUCAAAAGACCCUUCGUAGGCUUGCUCAGAAUCGUGAAGCUGCAAGAAAGAGCCGUCUGAGGAAGAAAGCUUAUGUCCAACAGCUGGAAAGUAGCAGAAUGAAGCUGACCCAACUUGAGCAGGAGCUUCAGCGAGCUCGGCAGCAAGGUAUCUUCAUUUCAAGUUCAGGAGAACAAUCUCAAUCAAUGAGUGGGAAUGGAGCGUUGGCUUUCGAUGUUGAAUACGGACGGUGGCUGGAAGAUCACAACCGCCGAAUCAAUGAGCUGAAAGGGGCAGUUAGCAAUCAUGCUGGUGAUGGUGAACUGAGGAUCAUAGUUGAUAGUGUUGUGGCACAUUAUGAAGAUAUUUUUAGAAUAAAAGCCGAUGCUGCUAAGGCUGAUGUCUUUCAUGUUCUCUCAGGCAUGUGGAAAACACCGGCGGAACGGUGUUUCCUCUGGUUAGGUGGAUUCCGUUCAUCAGAAAUCCUAAAGCUGCUUAUAACUCAACUGGAACCUUUAACGGAACAACAAUUAUUGGCAAUUGGGAACCUACAGCAGUCAUCUCAGCAGGCAGAGGAUGCCUUGUCGCAGGGCAUGGAAGCAUUGCAGCAGUCUCUAGCAGAGACAAUAGCAGGCUCUCUUGGCUCCUCAAAUUCGUCGGGCAACGUAGCCAAUUACAUGGGCCAGAUGGCCAUGGCUAUGGGUAAACUAGGAACACUAGAGGGCUUCAUUCGACAGGCUGAUAAUUUAAGGCAACAAACCUUGCAACAAAUGCAUAGGAUAUUGACGACACGCCAAUCAGCUCGGGCACUCAUCGCCAUAAACGACUAUUCCUCUCGGCUUCGAGCUCUGAGCUCAUUAUGGCUUGCACGGCCUCGUGAGUGACUUCCUCAUAUGAUCACAAAAUGUUCUACUCCUCAAGUUGUUGUACCUCUCAUGUGCAAGAAAGUAAGGAUUUUGAUUUUUAACAAGCAGAAAAUAUGUAUCUUGUUCAAAUGUCGUGUAAUGAUGUUGAGUUUGACCUUUCUCUUAGUGUUAUAUGAAUGAUAUCUCAAGUAUUAACUCAUAUUGUAGCUUCUUCUUGGUUUGUUAAGUGCUAAUGUUUUGAAA